AUGCUAGGCAUUCCGUUCCUUGAUAAUGCGAUUUGGAACUGGUUUAAGCCGCAGACUUUUGAUGAUCCUGUCGAUCGUCUGAACUACUUCAUUACUUCAACGCUUCUUACCUUUUUCGCCAUAAUGGUCUCAGCUAAGCAAUAUGUUGGCUCUCCAAUUCAAUGUUGGAUGCCCAUGGAAUUCAAAGGCGGUUGGGAGCAAUAUGCAGAAGAUUACUGCUUUAUUCAGAACACAUUUUUUGUACCAUUCCAUGAAGAAAUUCCUGCAGACGAUGAAGAUCGCUCGCAGGCUGAAAUAGGAUACUAUCAAUGGGUGCCAAUCGUACUCGCUCUUCAAGCUAUCAUGUUUUAUCUGCCUAAUUGGAUUUGGAAGACUCUCCAUCAACAGAGUGGGAUCGACCUGGGUACAGCUAUAGAGGAUGCGCGUAAAUUGAGGCAGAUUGUUGGAGCAGAUCGAAAGAAAGAAGUGGGAAAGUUAGCUGCUUAUCUUGAAGAAUGCUUAGAGUUCCACAGUGAACGUCUUCGCAUUCCAACCUUCAGGUUCGGUCGCGGAUUGGGUUCGUACGUCUCGAUGUUAUAUCUUUUUGUGAAAUUCCUCUAUCUACUUAACAUUUUUACACAGUUCUAUAUUUUAAAUAGUUUCUUGGGAAGCGAAUACACGUUCUGGGGCUUUCAGACAUUCCGCGAUUUGUGGAAUGGUCGUGAAUGGCUAGAUUCGGGCGUUUUUCCGCGUGUUACUCUGUGCGAUUUCAAGAUUCGUCGUCUUGCCAAUAUACAUAAUUACACCGUUCAGUGUGUACUCAUGAUUAAUAUGUUCAAUGAGAAAAUCUAUCUCUUCGUCUGGUUUUGGUUCCUGUUUGUCGCUAUCUCCACGGGAAUAAAUUUCGCUUACAGUUUUGUGCAGCUAGUAUUCACUUCAUUUCGGGAAAAGUCGACAACAAACUGGCUUUCCGGACCGCGAUAUGGAGAGGAUACGGCGGAUGACUUUCGUCACGAGCAUAUCAUGCGCCGGUUUACGCACGUUGCACUUCGUCCUGACGGAAUUCUUUUACUGCGCUUCAUUGAAGGACACGCUGGUGCUAUAGUUGCAAGGGAGCUCACUACUAAACUUUUUAUGGACUAUCUUGAACAGAAAUCUUUUCCGGGACAUAGUCACUCUACCAAGUCGACGAGUCCAGGAAUGAUUGACGAUGGUCCACAUGAGAACCUAUACAACUCUGAUAAAAUUGCGGGUCUUAUGGCCCCAGACUAUCCAUCGAAACACAUCUGA